AAUUUGGUUAAGUCAAAACGUAAUCCUUUUGUUAACAUCUUCAUUUUUGUUUUUAGCUCAAUCUAUUUUUCUGGUGAUUAUUUGUUUCCUAUUUUCCUACCAAGUUUAGUCUAAUCAAUCACAAUAACACAUUGUGUUGAAAAAUGGUCAAUUAAUGUCAUCGUCCCAACUUGGUAAAAAUCGUUUGGUCCGUAAAAAUAACUGUUACCAGUUUGUCAACUCAAAGACGCUUGUAAUUUUGAUUCGGCUAAGAAAUAAGAAGCCUUUGGAAUUAAAAUUAACCAGUAUCAAAGACCAUGAUGGUUUUAUUUAAAGUGACUUUGUUAUUCAACAUUUUACUGGCAUCUAUAAUUACAAAACCGUUGUCAUCAUUUUUGAACAGCUGUGGAUAUGUUAGAUACACCUUCGUCGUCUUCAUCCUCGUCACCCUUACAGUCGCCAACCUCUCAGCCAAUUUCACCUCCAACCUCUUCUUCACCACCUCUCCAUAUUCAGCCACCAAUCUCUGGAUCGGUGACUGUCACAACCAUGGGAUCAACUUUUCUAAUCAAAUCACCUUCAAUCCCGGUUAUAGCUCAAUCCCCUGUUAAUCUUACCUCUGCCUCAGCACCAUUGGGUAUGUCUUUAACAGAAAGCUCAACCAUCACUGAUAUUUCAAAGGUUGAAUCCAGUGAGAAAUGUUCCUCGGCUCCAGCUAUUUAUAGAGAAGCAGUUCGAUCAAAUAACAAUGAUGAAAUAAAUGGUUCAACAGUCAGCCCAGUGGAAACUCAAUUUCCGUUUAAGCAAAAUAUUGAGAGCAAGGCUGAUAUAAAGAAAAGGAAGAAGGACAAUGUUGAUGCUAAAAGUGACUUUACAGAGUCAGAGGUUACAACUCCAAAUACAGAGCUAAGGUUGAUCGAAAGUAGAUUAAGUGAAGUGGCUAGUGGUUGUCAUUCUGCUCAACCUAUUCAAGAUUUUCAACUCUUUCCUGAUGACUCUAUUCCAUCUCGUUAUUCUUCAACUAGCCUAAAUCAUUAUGGUUAUUUUCCUGGACAAGAUGGAGAAGAAGAAGAAGAAGAAGAUCAGAUUAAUAAUCACAUUGUCACUGAAGAGGAAGCCAGAGGAAGAAGAAGAGGAGAGGGCAGAGAAAUGGACAGGAUCCGUACAAACUAUGGAUCCAUGAUGUACACUGGAGGACAUCGGUCAGUUCACCAGAUACCCAUCUAUGUGGAAACCUUUUCCGGGACAACCUUUGAGAUCCAGAUAUUACCUCAAGAGACAAUUUACUGUCUCAAGAUGAAACUGCAACAAGAAGAAGGUAUUUUGGUGACUCAGCAACAUCUAAUCUGGCAGGGUGAAGAGUUGAAAGAUGACUUCACCUUGGAAGAGUAUGGGAUUGGAUUUGGAGCAAUACUGAGACUUGUUUUGGAGCUACGUGGUGGGCCUCUGAAUAAUUUUGGACACAAUUUGCCAGCAGAAAACUAUAGUGAUGGUAAAGUUGGACCUGAAAUUAAUCUUGAUCAAGAGGCUCAAUCAGUUAAUGAAACGUCUAGCAAUGAUCAUGGUUGUGAUCAAAGAAGUGAUUUAAGACAAUCUGGGUUUGUCUUUUUUCAGGAUGGAAAUGAAAUACGAAUGUAUUCUUCAAGUCAACGAACAACCGGUACAACGGGAACAGAUCGCUCCAGCAUAGGAUCGGCUGAUCCAUUUGGUAAAUUCAAUGAAACAGGUGAUCAAAGUGACUCCAUGAGAAUUGGUUUAAUUGAUAUUGCUAGGAUAAAUGAACAGCGGCAGAAAGAAAAUGAUGUUCUUAGAUUCAAGAUGAGAGAAAUUCAGAGUAAAAUGAAAUCUUUGGCUUUGAAAAGAUGUAAAAAAUUACCUGAAACCAAUUCAACCAAAUUGCCAUUGAUUGUGGAUGUUAAAAAGGAUUCACCUUUCGAUUCAUCGCCAUUAAGAGGCUCUUCGUCAUCGUCAUUUUCUUAUGAUUUUAAUCGUGAUGCUAAGUCCAAGUUGAUCUUUCCACCUUUGGUCUCACCAUCUCCACCCGCUAAAGUAACCUUGCAGCCCAUUGUGAAAAUUAACGACACUUGUGAAGGGCAAACGGAACGACGGCGAAGUAAAUCUAAAUUGAUUGAACAAUUCAACAAGAAAUACUAUAGUCACAAGUGCAAAAGUAAUUCAGCCAAAAGUGUGCGACUAUCGGAAAGGUCUAUUAAUAAAAAGAUCAUUUUGGAUCCGUCAUUAACUACUAAUUAUGAGAAUGAAUUAUCCUUAACUGUUAUGAGAAAUGAUUCAAAAGAUAGACCAAAGACGACUCCUAUGACUGGUUUAGUUAAUUAUUGUUACCACAAUGAUCACAAUUUCCCCUCCUAUCCUAAUAAAGUCAACAAUCUGAAGGAUCAAAUUGGGUCACCAUCCACACAAAAGGUGACCGUAAUUAAUUUAAAUAGUCCUGUUAUGUCAAGAAAGGAUUCAAUCAAAGAUUUGGGAUCAGUUAAAAGUGGCGUCAAAAGUGAACCAAGUGGAAGCAGAACAUCUAAAGAUUCCAUAAGCUUGAGUAAAAGUAAAAGCAAAACUCUUCCUCCUGUUAAAAAUAAGUCAAAAUUAUCGACCAGUAAAUCAAAGAAUCGUUGUUUCACUUGUAACAAAAAACUUGGUUUGGCAACGCGUUAUGACUGCAGAUGUGGUCAAAUGUUUUGCACUCAACAUCGCUACUCAGAGACGCAUGAUUGUACCCAUGAUUACAAAUCUGAAGGAAGGCGUUUAAUUGCUCUCAAUAAUCCUGUUGUCAAGGCAUCAAAGCUUCCAAAGAUUUAAUAAUACAAAUGUUUUUAUAUCUUUUACCUGGUCACUAAAAUAAAUAAAUUUUGAAUAAAAUAUUGUUACACGA